UCGGCGGGGUGACUCGGCGCGGUGACCCAUCGUCCCCUGCCUUGCUCGGAGUCAAGCAGCCGCGAUAUUCACGACCGCGUGGGCGAGAGAGAGAGAUGCGUGGGACGUCGGCUCAGGUUGGCUACGAUUCGAGCUGCAUUGCCGAGCCGCACCGCAGCGGUGGCCGAAGCUCGAUAGGACGGACUGCUUCGGGAGAUUCUGCACCGGCUGACGGCAGGAGCUGGUGCAGCGUGGGGCACCACCUGAGGCUUGCCGAGCCUUGGGGCCUGGCUGUGCAGGUGCAGCGGGGUGCAGGGGCAGAGCUGCUGCUGCUGUAAGCAGGCGCGACGACGCACGGAACACGCACGGGCCAAACGCGACCCACGAGAGGAGACUUGCUGGUCAAGUUGAAGGCGCGUGGCGGGGGGGGGCAGGGAGAAAACCAGGCUGGGCUACUCACACCGAGAACUCCGUCGUCUUCUGAGAGUCGCUGGGGGGGAGGGCAUGCCGGUCACCGCGUGCGGUGAUCACAUGGCAACGACGGCAGCAUGCGGAGACCAGACCAGCGAUAACUCUGCACCAGAGUCCACCGUGAACAAAGGCGCCGCUGCCACCACCACAGCCGCCACUACCACCGCCACCACCACCACCACCGCCGCCACCACCGCCACCACCACCACCACCACCGCCGCCACCACCACCGCCACCACCACCACCACCGCCGCCACCACCGCCGCCGCCACCACCACCACCACCGCCACCGCCACAUCCGCCGCCACCACCACCACCGCCGCCACCACCACCGCCGCCACCACCACCACCACCGCUGGCACCGCCACCACCGCCACCACCGCCACCACCAUUAACACCACCGCCACCACCACCGGCACCACCAUUAACACCACCGCCACCACCACCGCCACCACCGCCACCCCCGCCCCUGUUCCGGAUCCGGUUCCCCAUCACCACGCGGCUAAGCACAUCCCUGUGGUGCCAGUCCCAGCCGGGCGGCUCCACACCUUGACGGUGGGGCCGGCGCCGCACAGCGACGUGGUGCUGCACACGUGCGCGUGCGCGGAGCGGACGGGCGGCGCCGCCGUGGAGGAGACGCAGCCGAUGACCUCCAAGACACAAACGUUUCGGCAGCAGCAGCAGCAGCAGCUGGGCCGGCGCGCGGAACGGACGCUCUUCGGACUGGACGGGCUGCAGCCCGAGAAGCCGCCCGCCGGUGCCGGCAAGCGCGAGCAAGCGCCGCUAACUCUGCUGCAGCAGCAGCAGAGCGCAAAGAGAAGCAAGAAGCUCGGCCAGUGGGAGCAGCUGAAGGCGGGCGCGCUGGCGAGGCUGGAGUGGCUGUGCCUGCAGCUGUACCCCAAGCGCGCCGGCGCCGCCCAGGGCACGGGCAGCGACAGGGGCGGCGCGCAGCAGCCGCUGCCGCGGCGAGGCGAGGACGACGAGGGGGCGGCCGGGUCGGAACGGCAGGAGGACACCGUGGUGUAGGCGGGCGGGCGGGCGGGACGUGGACCGGCGUGCCGUGGGACGCCGCGAGCUCGGCGGGCGGCAGCGGCCGUCGCCGGAACGGCGCAGGGAAUCGGCUCGGACCGGUGCAACGCUCCGGUUGCCGGGUCGUCGGCGGCCCCCCGUGGAUUCACGUACGGUCAGACUGUCGGCGGCACCACUGGAUUGGUGGAUUUUCUACUGCGAAAAAACUUUACAUGGUGGAAAGUAAAACGAGCUCUGCUCGGAGAGCCGGGUGUUGAAUGGCAAUCGCGCGUCCGUCACGGGGACGUGCGGCGAUAUUUCAAGGCGUUGUUAGAUCUACGUCGAUGCUGCCACCGCCGCCAUUGUCGUCAUCGUCAAGUUUGAAAAUACUAAAUAAAUUAUUCAU